UUCUUCCUGCCGGGGGCGGGGCCGAGCGCCAGGUGCGACUUCCGCGUCAAGAUGGCGGCCGCCUCUCGCGGGGCCGCUCGCUCCCUUCCCGGCCGCCCCGUCCUGCCCGCCGGGGCCCGGCUGCUGCGCGUCGCCCUCGGGCUGCUGUGCUGGGCCCCGGCGGCUGUGGGCGCCGUGCCCGAGCUCGGGCUCUGGACAGAGACGGUCACCGACAAAUCAGGACCUUUGAUAUUUAAGAAAACUAUGUUUAACUCCACUGAAAUCAAAUUUUCUGUGAAGUCGUUCAGUUGUCCCGGGCCUGUGAAGUUCACCGUAGAGUGGUAUUUGAAGUAUCAUACGUGUCACAAUGAACAGUCCAAGCUGGAAGAGCUGGCCCGGGAACAUGAAGACUUUUGUAGUUAUUUCAAGAACGUUGACUGUUGGACUGCAAAAUAUGAAAACUUGGAUUGCAGUAGUGAUUUGCAAGUGUUCCCCUCACUGAAUAAUAAAGAGCUAGCAACAAAUGUCAGAAAUAUUUCAAGCCAGGAAGGAUCUAUGGAUGUUGUGGCCAGAACACAGAGAGAUGGGUUUCAUAUCUUUGUUGUGUCUAUUAAGACAGAAAAAGUAGAUGCAAGCUGGAAUUUGAAUGUCUCUCUCUCCAUGGUGGGGCCCCACGGGUACAUCUCUGCGGCAGAUUGGCCUCUCAUGAUUUUUUACAUGGUGAUGUGCAUUGUUUACAUAUUGUACGGUGUUCUCUGGCUGAUGUGGUCUGCGUGUUAUUGGAAAGACAUAUUAAGGAUCCAGUUCUGGAUUGCAGCCGUUAUUUUCCUGGGAAUGCUUGAAAAGGCAGUUUUUUAUACUGAAUACCAAAACAUCAACAGCACCGGCCUGUCAACCCAAGGUCUGUUGAUCUUUGCGGAGCUGAUAUCUGCGGUUAAGAGGACGCUGGCUCGCCUCCUGGUGAUCAUUGUGAGCUUGGGCUAUGGCAUUGUGAAGCCUCGCUUAGGAGCAGUCAUGCACCGGGUGAUCGGACUGGGGCUGCUGUACUUCAUCUUCGCGGCUAUUGAAGGCGUGAUGAGAGUCAUUGGGGCGAAUGACUCUGAUCUUGUCCUGCUGGCCAGCCUGCCCCUGUCCCUGCUUGACUCUGGCUUGUGCUGGUGGAUUUUUAUAAGUCUGGCACAAACCAUGAAGACCCUCAGGCUAAGAAAGAACACUGUAAAAUUUUCGUUGUACAGGCACUUUACAAACACUCUGAUCUUUGCUGUGCUGGCUUCUAUAGUAUUUAUGAUAUGGACAACUAAGACAUUUAGAAUGGCAAAAUGCCAAUCAGAUUGGAUGGAACGCUGGGUUGAUGAUGCCUUUUGGAGCUUCCUUUUUUCGCUUAUCCUUCUUGUAAUCAUGUUUUUGUGGAGGCCAUCAGCAAAUAAUCAGAGAUAUGCCUUCAUGCCCUUAAUUGAUGACUCUGAUGAUGAAGUUGAGGAAUUCAUGGUAACAUCUGAAAAUUUAACUGAAGGAAUAAAAUUGAGAGCCUCAAAAACAGUCUCUAAUGGAACAGCUAAGCCUGCUACUGCCGAUAAUUUUGAUGAAGAUUUGAAGUGGGUGGAAGAAAACAUUCCCUCUUCGUUCACAGACGUAGCCCUUCCAGUGUUAGUGGAUUCGGAUGAGGAAAUCAUGACCAGAUCUGAAAUGGCUGAAAAAAUGUUUUCUUCAGAGAAAAUAAUGUGAUUGGCCUGAUAACCAGUGAGGAUGUGAUCGGGACAGAGCGAGAGCUUUACGCAUGCAGCAGGCACGGUGUUGUGGUGUUGCCUGGGAAAUCUGCAAGCAUCCCGGUGGUGGCAGGGCCCUGCAACCCUUUAAAAGCCCACUCUCAAGUGUCCACUUCGUGUGCAGUAAAUUACCUGGGUGUGGAACUGAGAACGCUGCUCCGGUGCAGGGAUCCACACAAUGCCUUUAGCCAGCGGAAGCAGGCCUGUGGAGAGGGGGUCUCAGGCUUUUCUCUGGAAACAAACUUGUGGUCUCAGCCAUUGCUUCUAGCCCCUUUGCUUCCACUCAGCUUUGACACCUUCACAGUCCACGUCCCCAGGCUGUCUGCUUGCGAGAUGCAGUGAUGAUUUUCUUCGACUUUUAUAGUGAAGUGAUUAAGCAUUGGAACACAAGCAUGUUUCUGUAUUUAAUUUUGCCUUUUUUUUUUUUUUUGUCUGCACAAAGCCUUGUUUGUAAAUAUCGAUAGGUGCGUUCAGGCGUGGAGUUGAAUCUUCUCUGCGCCCAAGGGAGCACAGGUGCACAGGGAGAGAGGCCCGGAGGGUCACCUCCCAGGGCUCACUCUGCCUUGUCCCCUCCGCCAGGCCAUGUGCACAGGUGCUGCCGCUCAUCCUCCCGGGGGCAGGUGCAGGGUGCCAGGCCUCCUGGCUUCCCCAAGUGCUCCCACCCAGCAAACGGGAGAGGCACCACCAGGGAAUCUUGUGGAAACUAGAACUGUAUCUUUUACAAAAUCUCAGCAUAUUCUGUUUAUAAUAAAAAGAAAUAUUUAACAGCAAA